GGUAGGCGGAGAGACUCUCCGGGCCUUCAUAUACGGGAUGUUGAAUGGGAUAGGUAUAGCCUCGUCAAAUUCGAAAAAAAGUUUUAUCGCGAAUCAUCCGCUGUUAGAAGACGCUCUACUCGUGAGAUAGAUGAUUUCAGAAGGAAACAUAAAAUAACUAUACUCGGAGAUGGCGUACCCCGCCCCAUAUUUAAAUUUUCUGAGGCGGGUUUUCCCAGCUAUAUUGUUGACAUCAUCAAUCAGAAUAAGUGGGAAAGACCUACUUCCAUCCAAGCUCAGGGUCUCCCUUUGGCUAUGAGCGGACGCGACAUGGUGGGUAUUGCACAAACUGGUUCAGGCAAGACAGCAAGCUUCCUUAUACCUGCUCUUAUACACAUAAGGGCCCAGCCAUCGAUGAAGCCCGGCGAUGGACCAAUCGCUCUAGUACUGGUUCCAACUCGAGAGCUCGCCCAGCAAGUCGAAAGUGUUUCCGAGGAGUUUUGUGCGAAUUCAAAGAUCCAUAUCGCGUGCUGCUAUGGUGGUGCGCCAAGAUCUCUGCAGUUAAGACGGCUGCAGAAAUAUCCUGAGGUUGUGAUAGCAACGCCUGGCCGCCUCCUCGAUUUUCUUGAAGGUGGCAAUACCAAUCUCCGAAGAUGCACUUAUCUUGUUCUUGAUGAGGCUGACAGGAUGCUGGAUAUGGGAUUUGAGCCCUCAAUCAGACGAAUAAUUUCCCAGGUGAGACCUGAUAGACAGACGCUGAUGUGGUCCGCAACUUGGCCGAAAGAAGUCAGGGCUCUCGCGAAUGACUUUUUGACCGAUUAUAUACAAAUAAAUAUAGGGUCUUCCAAACUACAUGCUAAUCAUAACAUAAAACAAGUAGUAGAAGUUCUUCAGGAGUCUGAAAAACCCCGACGUCUGAUUGAACUUUUGAAGUCAUUUAGUAGGGAAAGGAUAAUUAUCUUCACUGAAACUAAACGGAGAACUGAUGACCUCUGCGAAAGACUUCUAGAUCGCGGAUUUUCUGCUGCAGCAAUGCACGGGGAUAAGCCUCAACGUGAGCGAGAACAUGUCCUGGACCGAUUCCGCAGUGGACGCAUCACUAUCCUUGUCGCAACUGACAUCGCCUCCAGAGGUCUGGGUGUGUGA